UCACAUUGUAGUUUCUUGAAACUUACUCGUUGUCAGCACGAAGUUUAAAAAUCCAAUAAAAAGUUAGGAUACCUGAUUCACCGCUUCUUAUCUCCCUGAACCAUAUGUAUCUCAUUCUUGUUUCGUGCUCGUGUCGGUUAACAUCGAAGGAAAAUAAAAUAAUUUCAAGUGAAUAUUGGAUUGUGGAUUGAAAGUGAAGUCAAAAUGCCAAAAAGAGCUCAUUCAUCUCAUCGAAAAAAGGACGCCCAAAUGAGGAAACUGAAGAAGAAAUUGAAACAAAUGGAAGAACAAAUCAGGAAAAUUCAAUCGAGUGAAUCGAGCGAAUCGGACCACACAUAAUCCAAAGAGGAAUCUUCAGAUUCAGAAUCAUCAGACAACGAGUCAUAUAAACAGAAGGACGAUAUGGAAAUUGAGGCACCAACACCAACACAAGAUUUUAGUGUCCUAGGUUCAAAACCCAAUGAUGAGGAUGAAAUGGGAAAAUCUCUCCAUGAAGAAAUAAUAGUGCGCUGGAAUACGUAUCUUCAAAAAGGAUUCGACAAAACCCAACGUGAAGAAUUAAUGGCAAAAUAUAAACUUCCCGUGAACUGUAAAAUGUUGAUCCCCCCUCUGGUCAAUAAGGAGAUUCUGCCAUGUCUACCUAAGUCAGCUAAUGAAAAUGAUCAUUUUCUGAUAGCCUUACAAAAACAAUUAGCUCAUGGACUGACGGCUGUAGGUACAGUCAUAGAAACCAUGAUUUCUGUUGAGGAGCAAGCUGAAAAUAUAAAAACUCUAGCUGAUGCCUGUCAGUUAUUCUGCAACAUCCAUUACGCCAUUUCAGCUCACCGAAAAUACAAAAUUAUUCCCUAUUUGAACCAGGACUGCCGAAAGGUGGCCAAAACCAUGAACAUAGAAGAAUUUCUAUUCACAAAAAAUUUCGCAGAGGCCGUAAAAAAUGAACAAGCUAUGAGAAAAGCAAGUUCCGAAUUCAAGAAAACUACUUGGCAACCGAUUCAUCUACCAGGCUCUUCUGGAACUCAUCAUUCAAGACAUUUAAACUACCAGCGUCCCAAAUACAAAGGCAGAAUGAAAAACCAAAGGAGGGAGGAGAAGAAACCGCUUACUCGAUACAGGACAUUCACGAAGGAGAGGAAACACAACAGACAACAAUAG